AUGUCUGGAGAAAUUCAAAACUUUCAAACAUUUGAUCCUUUCAGAGACAGUGCCGAUUCUAAUCAACUCUCAACUGGUACUGGAGUGAUUGAACAACAAUUCGUCCACAUCCGAGUGCAAAAGCGUAACGGUAGAAAGUGCGUUACGAUUGUCGAAGGUUUACCCCGCAACUUUAAGUUUAAGAAGUUUAUCAGCGCUGUCAAACAUAAAUUCUGUUGCAACGGAACCAUUGUGGAAGAUGAGAAGGCUGGAAAGGUCAUCCAAGUUUCUGGAGACCAACGUGAUAACAUUUCUGAAUUCCUUUUAGAAGAAGAAAUCGUAACAAAGGAAAAUCUAAAGAUUCAUGGUUUCUAA